UUUUUUGCAUACACUUCCUUACAUAGUACAGGUACCCUAUUGUUUCCUUGCUUUUAGAGUGCCAUUUCACAGUUCUCAGCUGUGUCGAUCCAUGUUGUCUUGCGCUAUCUGAACGUAGAUCACCAACUCAUUGCCGUUACUACCGCUCUAAACAAGGAAUGCCAGCCGUGUCUAGCGCGGCGGGCCUUUUGGCUCUGCUUGACGAGCCCAGCGACGAUCUCAAGCAGCAUGCGCUCUCCCACUUGAACAAGGUUGUCCACGACUACUGGUUCCAAAUCUCGGGGUCCAUUGGUAGCGUCGAGGCGCUUUACGAGGAUGACGAUUUCCCACACCGGGAGCUUGCAGCGCUGGUGGCCUCGAAGGUGUUUUACCACCUGGGUGAGCUGGAUGAUGCGCUGAGCUACGCGCUGGGGGCGGGGCCGCUGUUCGAGGUGGAGGAGCAGUCCGAGUAUGUGGGCACGCUAGUAGCCCGCUGCCUGGAUCGCUACUUUGAGCUCCGAGUGAAGGGCGAGGGGGAGGGGCCAAUCGACCCGCGCCUCACUGCCAUUGUGGAGCGCAUGCUGGACAAGUGUCUGUCCUCCGGGCAGUAUGAGCAGGCCAUCGGAGUGGCGCUGGAGUCCCGCCGACUGGACUGGCUGGAGGCCGCCUGUCUGCGGGCGCCUGCGGGGGGCGAGCGGGUGCGGGUGCUCAAAUACGCGCUGCGCGUGUGCCAGCAGCUGAUCGUGAACCGGGAAUUCAGGCAGCAGGUUCUCCGGUUGGUUAUUCGGUUGUACGAGACGGUUGAUUCGCCCGACUGGGUGGACAUCUGCCAGUGCCUGAUGUUCCUGGAUGACGCCCCCGAGGUGGCCCGCAUCCUCAGUCGGCUGCUGCAGGGGAGCGAGGAUGACGAGCUGCUUGCCUACCAGGUUGCCUUCGACCUGGUGGAGAACGAGCUGCAGUCCUUCCUGCUGGCGGUGGCGGCACGGCUGGACGUGGGGGGAGGUGCGGGAGCAGCAGCAGCGGAGGGGACAGCAGCAGCCAUGGAGACGGAUGCGGCGGCUGCGGGGGCUCCUGCGGCCGAGGGAGGAGCGGCAGCAGCGGCAGCGGCGGCGGAGGGGGGUGUGGGUGCGGAAGGGGCAGCAGCAGCAGGCGGCAGCAGCAGUCCCUACGCGGGUCGGCUGGCCAAGCUGAAGGACAUCCUGUCCGGCAAGACGCCCAUUGCACUGUAUCUGGACUUCCUGUACCGCCACAACCACGCGGACCUGGCCGUCCUCAAGGGCAUCAAGGGCUCCGUGGACGCGCGCGUGUCGGUGUGCCACUCCGCAACCAUCGCCGCCAACGCGCUGGCGCACGCGGGCACCUCAGUGGACUCCUUCCUGCGCUCCAACCUGGAGUGGCUGGCCAAGGCAACAAACUGGGCCAAGUUUUCAGCGACCGCCUCGCUGGGGGUGAUUCAUAGGGGUCACCUGGCCCAGGGCCGCGCCCUCAUGGCCCCCUACCUCCCCCGCGCCGGCGCAGCAGCAGCAGCAGCCGGCGGUGGCGGUGGCUCCCCCUUCAGUGAGGGCGGUGCGCUGUACGCACUGGGCCUCAUCUACGCCAACCACGGUCAGGACGUGCGGCCGUUCCUGCUGGAGAGCCUGCGGGGCACCAGCAACGAGGUCACUCAGCAUGGGGCAUGUCUGGGACUGGGUCUGGCGGCCCUGGGUACGGACGACGAGGAGGCGGUGGAGGACGUUAAGAACGUGCUGUACAGCGACAGCGCGGUGGCGGGCGAGGCGGCGGGGCUGGCGCUGGGGCUGCUGUGCUGCGGCAGUGGGGGCGAGCGGGUGACGGCGGAGGCGCUGGCGUAUGCGCAUGACACGCAACACGAGAAGAUCAUCCGGGGUAUCGCCCUGGGUUUGGCCCUCAUGCAGUACGGUCGCGAGGAAGCCGCGGAGCCGCUGAUCGAGCAGAUGACGCGGGAUGCGGACCCCAUCAUCCGCUACGGGGGAAUGUACGUCAUCGGAAUGGCCUACAGGGGCACCGACAACAACGGUGCCGUACAAAAGCUCCUCUCCUUCGCCGUGAGUGACGUGGCCGACGACGUACGACGGGCUGCCGUACUGUGUUUGGGUUUCGUGCUGAUGAACGUGCCGCAGCAGUGCCCGCGCAUCGUGGCGCUGCUGGCGGAGAGCUUCAACCCGCACGUGCGCUACGGUGCCGCCAUGGCAGUGGGCCUGGCGUGCGGCGGCACGGGACUGCGUGAGGCGGUGGGGCUGCUGGAGCCCAUGCUGUCCGACCCGGUGGAUUUCGUACGGCAGGGGGCGUUGAUCGCAAUGGCCCUGGUGCUCAUGCAGCAGCCCGAGGCGCGUGUGGCGCCCUUCCGCAAGCGACUGGACAAGUUCAUCGGGGAGAAGCACGAGGAGGUGAUGUGCAAGAUGGGCGCCAUCAUCGCCGCGGGGCUGCUGGACGCGGGCGGCCGCAACGCCACACUGGGUCUGCGCAGUCGCAGCGGCUACUUCCGGCGGACCAGCGUGGUGGGGCUGGCGAUGUUCACACAGUACUGGUACUGGUACCCGCUGCUCUACUUUGUGAGCCUCGCCUUCCAGCCCUCCGCGCUCAUCGCCCUCAACUCCGACCUCAAGAUGCCCAAGAUGACAUUCGCCUGCAACUGCAAGCCCUCCACCUUCGCCUACCCGCCACCCCUCACGGCGGAGGUCAAGGAGACGAAGUCCAAGGUCCCCACCGCCAUCCUCUCCACCACCGCCAAGGCGGCGGAGCGGCAGCGCAAGAAGGCGGCGGAGAAGGAGAAGGCGGCUGGCGGGGCUGCCCCGGGUGAUGCGGAGGCGGGCAAGGCUGCGGCCGAGAGCAAGCCGGCAGAAGGAGGUGACAAGAUGGAUACCGACGACGCCGCUGCCGCAACCGCCGCUGCCAAGAAGGAGCCUGCCGAGCCCUCCACCCACACCCUGGAAAACCCCGCACGCGUGGUGCCCGGCCAGGUGCGCUUCGUGGCCCUGCCCGCCUCGGGCCGCUGGCUGCCCCUCAGACGCGACACGCCGCUGGGCAUCGUGGUCAUGCGCGACACGCAGCCCGGCGAGCCGGUGGAGAUGGUGGCGGGAGCCGCGGCGGGAGGUGCAG